UUCUCUGUCUAAAUUGUCUCUUCACUUCAUCUGCGGUCGACACCCAAAAAAGCCCGAGCAAGAAUAUUUGGUUUAUCUCUAAUACCCAUUGAUUAAUUGAAAGAUUCUGUCUUGAACCAGCCAAAUAAGAGAAGAAAAGGCGAAGUCUUUCCCAUUCUCUCUCUUCGAUCGAAUUGGGCCUUUUUCUGGAAUGUCUUUCAUGAAUACAUUCUUCAUCCCAGAAGAAGUAGAGUGGGAGAAAGAACGAUAGAAAAACAAGAAAAAAGAUCGAAUUUUUCUUUCAAUUUCUCCCCCAAUUUCCAGGUCAAGCUUGUAAAUUUGCUCCUUCAAUCUUGGUCUUAUUCAUCUGUGAUGUCUACGAGUAUAAUUAACGAUUCAAUGAUGAUUGCUGCCGGCCCGGACGGGCCCUCAGUAAACGGGCCCUUGAACACUAUUUCGGGCCAAGCCGAGGUGGAAUUCGCUACAUGUGACUGCUGCGGGCUUACGGAGGAAUGCACUCUUCCAUACAUCGAAACUAUUCGCGAAAGAUAUGGCGGGAAGUGGAUAUGCGGGCUUUGUGCGGAGGCGGUGAAGGACGAGAUCGUGAGGUGUCAGAAGCUGAUAAGCCCGGACGAGGCGGUGGCCCGGCACAUCAGCUUCUGCAGCAAGUUUCGGGCUUCCGGGCCGCCGGAGGACCCGACAGCGACCCUCAUUCGGGCCAUGGGGCGGCUCAUGAAGAAGGGGCUGGAGAGCCCGAAGUCGGUGCCGUGUAGCCCGAGUAAUAAGCUCGAGUUAGAAGGCGUUGGUGUGUUUACUCGGUCGGAGAGUUGUAUACCGAGUUUGACCCUAGUGGAUCCCUCGGUGUAUCGCGGCUUGGAUGAAGAUUGCGAAUGAAGUCGAGGGUAAUAUGGUAAAGUUGGUAUAAUUGGGAGGGAAAAAGAAAUAUUUAUUAGAGGAGAAAUUGAUCUUAGAUGUUACUUAUGGUCUUUUUAGUAGCUAUGUUUAAUUUACGCCUUAGAUAUAGUAGUUAUAUGGUUCUUUAGAAUAAUGGUAGUAAUCUUAACUUUCCAAUUCUUUGAUGUGCUACUAAUUAAAUCGUUUUAUGGUUCGUUUUUUUUAUUUA